CCCCCCCCUCCUCCAACCACACCCCCCCACGUAAGAUGGCGGCCGCGACCUUCGCUUGCGCGCACGUGGAGGAAGGGCGCAGUUGAAGAGGAGGAGGGAGUAGGAAGAAGAAGAGGAGGUAGGUAGGGAGGGAAGGAGAUUUCGGGGCUCGCAAUGUCGUGGGCCCUCACGGCGCGUUCGCUCGCUCUGCGCCUAUCGCCGUGCCCCAGGGCACCGCUGCUGCUACGCAACUGCGGUGCCUACAAGAGCAUCUACAGCUUGGACAAGCUCUACCCGCCCGGCGUGGGCGACGUUGGGGCGACGUUCAGCAGCACCAAGGAGAGCAGCGGAGAGAGCCGUGAAUACUCCGGAGACAUUCCAGUCGAUCGUUUAAAAGUUUCCUACAACCGGAGCAGCCGGCCCGGGGGACAAAACGUGAACAAAGUGAACACCAAAGCCGAGGUUCGGUUCCACGUGGCGAACGCCGACUGGCUGCCGCAGGACAUCCGAGACAAGCUGCAAGAGAAGUACAAGCACCGCAUCGUGCGCUCGGGCGAGCUGAUCGUGACGUCGCAGGUGAGCCGCUACCAGAUGCGCAACCUGGCCGACUGCCUGCUUAAGCUGCGGCAGCUCAUCGGCGACGCGGUCACCACCCUGGUGCACGAGCGCCGGCAGGACAGCCCCGAGGAAGCGGCCGUCCGCCGCAGCAGGGUGGAAGCAAUGAACAGGGAGCGGCUGAGACAAAAGAGGAUCCACUCGUCCGUCAAGAGCGACCGGCGAGUCCACGACGGCGACUGAGCUUUCCGCGCGGAUCGAGGCGCUCUGCCACAUUCGCCAAUGCCCCCUCCUGCCCACGUGCUCUCCCACAAAUGCGCCUGGAGUCGAGCGGCGGUGGUGGUGGUGGUGGGGGGCCCCACGGAUCGGAUUAAGACCGACUGAAUUUCAUCCGGCACCGCGGUCGCCACACCGUGGGGGGGGCCUCCCCCCCCCGACGACUCGGCAAAGUCGGCUCGCGGAAGACGUUCAUCCAUCGCUGCGAAUGUCCUAGCCGCGCUAAUCGUGAACCGACGGAGGAAUUCUUUCAACGCGGCUGUCAAUUUAUUUUUCGUCUUCUAAAAUUUGCAACAUGGCGGAGUAGCCCAAGCAGCCACUGGAGGCAGUGGAUUCUUCUUAACCUUUUUACGGCAGCCCUUGCGCACCGCCUUUUGUUCGCAGUCGUAAUUAAGUGCUAAUGCAUAGGUUUUACGAAACAGGAGUAGCCGUCGUACCUUAGGUUCCCGUGCUUAAUCUGCGUUUCAGUUUACCUUAAAAAAUCUGGCCGUAUCUUGCACACCUAGAAAAGUCAUCUUGCAUCCACAGGGGGGGGGGGUGGUGCGUGAUGCACCCCAGCUUAAGAAGAAUCGCUGCACUAGAGGUGGGGUGGGGUGGUUGGGCUCUCUAUGGGCUCCUUCAGGUCGAGGCCUCUCCGGCAAGCAGCGCGAGGAAGCAACCGUCGGGCUGCACCGCUGCGGUCACCAUGCAGAAGGCCAUCGGAACUGUUUCCAUUCCGCCCCCUCCCCCCCCCCCCCCCCGUGAAAGGUGCUCAAGAUUCUACAGCACCCCCUCCCCCCUCCCCUCCACCUCUGGCCUUGAGGCUGCUGCGGAAAACCUGGUGUCGGAGGCUUCGACGAUUUUUCAAAAGGAUAAAAGUGUGGCACGCGGAGAGAAAAGACGCAACAGACAGCUUGAAAAGUUGAAGGGCAGAAACCCCGGUAUUUAUUGGCUGUUAGCUGACAGCAGUUUAACGCAACCCCCGCGGGGUGGUGGUGGUGGGGAUAUAAAACCGUGGGUGAGCGAAUGCCGCGUUCAUGUACGUUUGUGAACCGGAGUGUCGCCAUAAAAAAAAUGUCUCGUUUA